GCGGCUGCAGGCAUGGCUACGGCGGCGGCGGCGGCGGCGGCGGCGGUGGCUCGUGGGGCCGGUGCAAGGGCGGUGGCGCCCCUGCGGAGUGGCUGCCGGACUGCGGCUCGGGGGCGGUCGCGCGCGGGCCCCGCACGGCCCUUAUGCACAGCACCUGGGACCGCCCCGGACAUGAAGCGCUACCUUUGGGAGCGCUACCGGGAGGCGAAGAGGAGCACGGCAGAAUUGGUUCCUUCAAUUAUGAGCAACUUGUUGAAUCCAGAUGCCAUCUUCUCAAACAAUGAGAUGAGCCUGUCGGACAUUGAAAUCUAUGGCUUUGAUUAUGAUUACACCUUGGUGUUUUAUUCCAAGCACCUCCACACACUGAUAUUUAAUGCCGCUCGGGAACUUCUCAUCAACGAACACAGGUAUCCCGUGGAAAUCAGGAAGUAUGAGUAUGACCCAAACUUUGCAAUCCGCGGACUGCAUUAUGACGUGCAGCGGGCAGUCUUGAUGAAGAUCGAUGCUUUUCAUUACAUCCAGCUGGGAACUGUCUACAGAGGCCUCAGCGUGGUCCCUGAUGAGGAAGUCAUUGAAAUGUACGAGGGCUCCCACGUGCCUUUGGAACAGAUGAGCGACUUUUAUGGGAAGAGUUCCCACGGAAACACCAUGAAGCAGUUCAUGGACAUUUUCUCCCUGCCCGAGAUGACCCUGCUGUCCUGUGUGAACGAGUACUUUCUGAAGAACAACAUUGACUAUGAGCCUGUGCACCUGUACAAAGACGUCAAGGAUUCAAUUCGGGACGUGCACACCAAAGGGAUCAUGUACAGAGCAAUUGAAACAGAUAUUGAAAAGUACAUCUGCUACCCUGAGCAGACCCGAGCAGUGUUGGCCAAACUGGCUGAUCACGGCAAGAAGAUGUUUCUCAUCACCAAUAGCCCCAGUAGCUUUGUGGACAAAGGGAUGAGGUAUAUUGUUGGAAAAGACUGGAGGGACCUGUUUGAUGUGGUCAUUGUUCAGGCGGAGAAGCCAAACUUCUUUAAUGAUAAGCGGAGACCUUUCCGGAAGGUGAAUGAGAAAGGCGUCUUACUCUGGGAUAAAAUCUACAAGUUGCAGAAAGGCCAGAUUUAUAAACAGGGUAAUUUAUAUGAAUUUUUGAAGCUUACUGGAUGGAGGGGAUCCAAAGUGUUGUAUUUUGGUGACCAUAUAUACAGCGACCUGGCGGAUUUGACCCUGAAGCAUGGCUGGCGAACGGGUGCAAUUAUCCCAGAGUUAAGAUCUGAGCUCAGAAUUAUGAACACGGAGCAGUACAUUCAAACUAUGACCUGGCUACAGACCUUGACUGGGUUAUUGGAGCAGAUGCAGGUUCACAGAGAUGCGGAGUCACAGCUGGUUUUGCAGGAUUGGAAAAAGGAGAGGAAGGAGAUGAGAGAAAUGACCAAAGGUUCCUUCAACACCCAGUUCGGAAGCUUGUUCCGCACAGACCAGAACCCCACGUACUUCCUGCGGCGCCUGUCGCGGUUUGCCGACAUCUACAUGGCGUCCCUGAGCUGCCUCCUGAGCUAUGAUGUCAGCCACACGUUCUACCCCCGGAGGACCCCGCUGCAGCACGAGCUUCCUGCCUGGUCUGACAGGCCCCCAGCCGCCAGGCUGCCGCUCCUGCAGGAGGCCCAGGCCAAGUAGCCAGCGGCCCAGGCACCCUGGGCGCGAAAAGCCAGGACCGACGGCGACCCCGUACCGGGCAGACUUUGCAUCGAUGUGACUGUCGCUUACGGACAUGCCUUGUGAUAUCUAUUUUGUACAUUACAGAGGAUACCCCCCAGCUCGUGAAGACAGGGGCUCGCAGCCCACGGGGACUGCCUUCCUGUACGUGUGGGGACAGCGGCUGGCUUCCUGUCAACACCCUGUGAUCGCCCUUCUUGUUUACUAAGGUACCGCGACCGGCGUCAGAUUUUCUGGGACGGGGAGGCUUCUUGAUACCAUCUCUGGAUUCCAGCAGGUGACGUUUUGAAACUCUUCUUGACUCUUCCAUGCAAAACGCAUGGAAAAAGUGAACAUUCACAGGCAGUGCAGGGGCCCAGUGGUGUGCACCGGUGAACUGCUCACAGAAAGCUGACGCUUGAGCGAGCGCGGCGAUAGCAUACCACUGUGUCAGCGGCAGAGAUGGUCCCCAGACGGCAGCCGCUUCCCAGAUAUCUUCUGGUACUAGGGCUUUGGCACUCCGGUGCCUCACUUGAAAGCAGACUCAGCCUCUCUGGAAGUCUUUCGUGAGAAAGAACAAGGGAAGUUGCAAGUCCUUGGCCUUGAUUGUCCUCAGUAUCCAUUUCCCGUGUCCUGCCCCGUGCGGGGGAAGGACCAUUGUGCCCCGGGUGAUGGGCAGGUUCACUCUUUUCCCCAGAAGAGGAGGGCAAAGAGAGAAGAGCUUCUGGUUAAAUUUCCAGCCAGCAGAACAGACUCUGUAGAAUGAGGCUGUGAGAAACGAACAGGUCAGAAGACAAAUGCCAGUGCAUUUGUGGUGGGUCUCCCAGGAAUUUAUUUUAGCUGAAACUGCUACCUGUAUGUUGCUUGAAUGUGAUCAUUGGAGGAUGGAAAAUGAAACAAAAAGAAUGUCCCUGUGAUGAAGUGCCACGCCGUGACCCCUGCUGGCUGUGCGGCUGUCUUAUUAAAACGUGUAUCACCAGAAACCAUCCUUGUUGGAGGGAAACGAGCAGACGCCUGUCUCUCCUGACUUGUCAGCCGAGGAGAGGGGCUUGAAUCUAGCAGAAGGGGAGGGAGGUGGCCCUCUCCUCUUAACCAUCUCCCACCCUCUCCUCCUCUUAGAUUGCUUUCCUGCCAUGUUUGUAUGUCUAUUUUGGGAGUUUGGGUGGUUUUCUUUAGGUGUCUGUGUUAAAGAUGGGAGACGAUAAAGGACACCGAAGCUAAGAGAAACAGAGUUGGAAAUGACCUGGCUGGCUGAGUGUUCCCAUUGCCUUCUGAGGACAAGGCAAGAGACGCGCAUCCUUAAACCUAAAGGACGCAGGUACAGGAGGAAGGGGGCUUGUGGAGACAGUGCUCGCUUAUUCAGCGUUCUUAAUGGAUUUCGUGUAUGGAGCCAGUUGUUGAUGAAAUGCUCGCUUGGCCUUCCACAGGAUACCUGCCCCAGUGUGGAAAUUAGAUGAGUCCCAUAGCAUGCACUGUAGUGCUGCUUGUUAUAAUGGGAGUGUACGUGUGAUAUUUUCUUGUAUUUAACUAAAAUAGUGAAGGUGAUUCUCUAGACCUCAUAGGCCCCAUUAGCCCCCGUUUUUCCCUUCUAAAUUUUAUUAUAAACACAGUAGUCCAUUCCUUUUUCAGACAGCAGGAGGCAUUUUUGUUUGCUGUUUGUUAGCGCCCAGGGGUUUUAAGCAUCCGAGUGCAUUGGAAGACGCGUUUCGGGGGUGCAGGUGGUGCCCAGAAAUGUUCAGUGUUGGGGUCCUCAGAGGAUACCCUGGUGCUUUGGGCUGUUAGUUUCUGCUUUGGAGAAGCUGAGUGAGGAAGUAGGUAUUAUUUUAAAACAUUUUCUUAGUUUUUAUCUAAUCAGGUUUUCAUUAGAUAUCUCCUAGGUGCCAGUGAUAGGGUGUUCUGUUUACUCAAGAAUGAAGUACAACUAUUUUUACAACCUGCUUUCAUGUACAUCUAGGUUAGGUGACCCAAGCCUGGGUGAAGAAAUAGAUUUUCUGGGUGUGAAUAAUGAAUUUUACGAUUUAUUACCAAUUAAGGUUUCGGUCUGUGGGCCAUGGUGUGUGGCGGUGUUGAGAUCUCUGCGCAGGGCCCACCGAGCGUGCGCCUGGCAGAUGCAAACCCGCUCUGGGGCCGGGACAUCUUUUUUUUUUUUUUUUUGCGGUACGCGGGGCUCUCACUGUUGUGACCUCUCCUGUUGCGGAGCACAGGCUCCGGACGCGCAGGCUCAGCGGCCAUGGCUUACGGGCCCAGCCGCUCCACGGCAUGUGGGAUCUUCCCGGACCAGGGCACGAACCUGCGUCCCCUGCAUCGGCAGGUGGACUCUCAACCACUGCGCCACCAGGGAAGCCCAGGACAGAGGCAUUCUUGUCUGUGCUCAGUCAGUCUUAACUUGUCACUGUCGUGACUCAGCUGGUGUUCAGCACGAUGCACUGCAUUCUGUUCUUCCCGGUUUUGUCCUCUGGUGCGCACACUUAUGAAGGCAUAUGGGUACAAGGGAAGGGAGUCUAUUUUCUACCACUCAAAACAUCAGUUUGGAAAGUGAACGGAAUAAAAUUAGUUUGCACAUUAAAAAAAUAUUUUCCGUUUUUAGCAUCAGUUAGACUGAUUUUCUCUGAAUGAUGUGAGCAAAAAUUCACAGUCCAGGGGCAGUCCUUGCCCCCCAAGGCUCACGUACCUGUAGCUGGUUGUCCUGGAAGGAACCUGCACAACUGGUUUUUCCAGAGUUGUUUUUAAUAGAUGAAACCUGGCUUUUAAUAUAUUUUAGGAGUUUGUCUUAGAGCUCCCACGUUCCUCCUAACAUGGCCUCUUUUUUUCCCCCCUUUUAAAAAUUCUCUUCAGCUCCGUUAAUGCCAUCCAACAUAAACCACGUGUUACUGAUUCAGGCACAUCUCAGACUAAAUUCCUAGUUGCUUUGAAGGCAUUGGUCCUCUUAAUUAGUGCAAAGGAGAAAUGAAAAGUAAUCUUUCCUCCUAGCUAAUUUAGCUUUGGGUGACCUAAAUAGCUUUCCCUCUCUUUUUGUCCCCAAAGGCCUCUAAAGCGGUAGAGAGUGUGCUAAAUGCUGCAUUUGGAUUCCACUCAGCCGAAUGUUUAUCUGCUGCACCCACUUGGGAGCCCUUGUCUCGAAUAUGCUCUCAGACUAAAUUUGGCCAGAGGCAGGCAGGGUUCCUUGAUUGCUCUCUUCAACUGCUAGGGAGCCAACCUAUGAUUUGCCCUCUUAGCAUUGAUUUCCUUUUGUACCAGUUUUAUGCGUUAGCAUAUGGGAGCUUGGCUCCAAGUUCAGCUAACCUUUAAUACCCUAGUGGAUUGAGGAAAAGAAAGGAAGUGAAGUUUCCCUAAUGCAAGGUUCAGCAAACUUUUCCUGUAAAGGGCCGGGCAGUAAAUACUUUCAGCUUUGCGGGCCAUUUUCUGCGGCCCCUCUCUAGGACUGGGCCUGCCUGUGGUCCAGUACAGCGUGGCUUAUGAGAACAGGCUGCAGGCUGGAUUUGGCCUUUGGGCCAUGGUCUGCCGAGCCCUGCUCUGAUGGAUUGUGUUGGUGGCAAUGGCGAGAUGAUCUUGCUGAAAGCAUGCAGAUGAAGCAGCCCACAGUUGGGUGCAGCCAGUAGAAAGAAGUUCUGUAGGUAAGUGUGCCACGUUCCCCUACGAGCUACUCUCUGGGCAUAUUUACUUUUAUGGCCAGUGGUAAAAUACUGUGUUUCCAGCACACGGCAUGAAUGUCGUUGUGUAACUGAGCUGCCAGACUCGGCAUUCAUUGAAUAUACCUUUCAUUGCACUUAUCUGUGAUUGUGCUAGUAGCGUGUGAUGGGCUUGGAUGCCCAGGAGACCCUUCAGAACCGAAGGACUUAAUCCCCGCAACUGCUGGGUGUGCUGAUGCCUUACCGUCCGCAGCUGUUAGUCCUCUUUGGGAGCUUCCCCUGCUGAAAAGUCCUGCCUCGGAUGAGGAGGUGGUCAAGCUCCCUCCCUGGAGCAACUCUGAAGGCCUUUCAGCUCCAGAGCUGGGGGGAGGGCACACAGCUGAGGCCUCUCUGUCUGCACUGCAGCCCAGCUCCCUUCCCAUCCCCUCUCCCCUUCCCGGGUGUUGGUCCCAAGGACAGUCCCCAGCUCAGUGUCUGCUCUCCAAGGAACCAACCCACAGCAGUGCUCCGUACUUUUCUGUACUGCAGGCUUGAACUCUGACUUAGGAAACUGUUUUUUUAGUAGAAUGACAGAUUGUGCCUGUUUAAUUAAUUUCAGGCACAAUGAAUGCAAAUUAGAUAGACUUACUGUUUAUUCUGAAUGUGAAUUUGCUAUUUAUUCUAAAUGUUGAUUUUAUGUUACAUGACUUUGAACU